UGUACUAUACAGUUGAUGAUCUCUCUCUGUCCUGUGUGUCCCAGGGGCAUAGUCCAGUGUGAGGAGAAGCUGACCAUCAGUGCGUCGUGGUCUAAGGACGAGGACAUCAGCCGACUGCUCCAGUCUCUGCCCAACUGGGCUAACAUGGCCCAGCCCAGACAGCUCCGACAGAAGAGAGAGGACGAGGAGGACUUCACCAGGAUGGCGUUUGCCAAGGAGUCAGAGGUGCUGACGGGUAACCUGGGUGACAAGCUGAUCCCGCAGAACGAGAUCCUGCGUGACGUGAGCGACCUGAAGACCCUGGCCAACCUGCAGGAGAGCAUGGAGUGGCUGUCCUCCAGACUCAAAGGCUUCUUCAUCAACCUGCCCCACGCUGCCAGUGAGUAUACACGCACCCACGCAGAGGCAGGCAUACAUACACACACACCUUAUGGCUUCCAUUCAUGCAGGGCUGGUGGGGUGUGCGUGGGGAGGGGUGCAGGGGUGAGGUGUGUGUGGACUGAAGGGCUGCUUGUUCAACACCUGUCCUACACAGCCAAUGAAUUAACAGUAUACAACACAAGCAGAGGUUCCAUAUUGCUAACAUGUCUAACGUUUUGUUCUAAUGACUGUACAUACUGCCACUAGUAUACACAUCCACUCCCAAUGUAUAUGUACACACACUGUAGUCUGACAC